UGCACAUGAAUGCCUGAAUAAUUAUUUGCAAAAGCUCAACUAUAAAAAUGGCAUCAGUUGGUGUUCCCUUUUUAUUUAUUACAGCCAAUGUCGGAAGUAUCUUUGAAGAGCCAGACGUAAUGCUAAAAAUUUGGACUGAAGAAUUUUUAUCCACGGUAUCACGACUCGAUCCCAAAUUUAUUGCCUUACAUUGCCAGGAAGUCGGGGGAAAAAAUUACGCUGAAAGUAUGAGGCAUGUUGAAGAUUUUAUAAGAUUAUUAAUGUCCUCAGAAGAAUUGCGAUUAUUUGAUAAAGUCAGAGUUUUUCUAGAUGAAGAUUUUUCCUCUGCUGAGUGUUUUACAGCACUUGGCAAUUUAUAUUUUGCCCACGAAAAUUUGAAGGAGGUGUUAUUAUGGGAUUUUAAAGAGGGAAUUUUCAUACCAGCGAAUGGACGAGAAAUAAACUCGGGUAACAUAGAAGGAGUGACGACCAAAGAAAAAGCUAAAUUUCCGCAAGAUUUCUUUCCCGAGUGUAAAUGGUCGAGGAAAGGAUUUCUUAGAACAAGAUGGAGUAUCAGCGGCACAGUAUUUGAUCUCAUAAACAUUCAUUUAUUCCACGAUGCUAGUAAUUUUAUCGCAAUGGAAACGUUUCCAUCAGUAUAUAGUAAAACACGACGAAGAGCUUUGGAGCAUACGUUAGAUAGGUUUCACAACGACCAUUAUCCAAAUUCCCCCUACUUCCUUUUUGGAGAUUUUAAUUUUAGAACAGACACAGCCGGUGUCAUCAAGAAAUUGACGGCAGAGACACGCGAGAAGAAACAAUCCAACAAGGGAAAUCUCUCAAAGUUGCAAUUUCACAACGAACGUGACGAUCUCAUUCUAACCCUCGGCAAAAAAGAAUUCUCACAUCAUGCGCAUCAGCAUAUCUUCGCGGAAAACAGUGGCGAAUGGCUUCGGGAGUAUGAUAAGGAGUUGAGGGACUUUAACGGGCGGCUGUUCGAGUUCCCGAUUCGCUUCUUGCCAAGUUAUCCUUUUAAGGAAGACGUUAAAGAAGGAACAAACUAUAUGCAGACUCGUGUACCGGCAUGGUGUGAUCGAGUAUUACUAAGCCCAUCCGCGAAAUCGCUUAUCAAGGAUAUUACGUUGCCCAAUGCUAUCGAGUAUGGUAUUAUCGGACAACUUGCAUGCAUGGGAGAUCACAAGCCAGUCUACCUGAAGGUUGCGCUAAUCUCGGAUGCAGGUAUGAUAAAUUGCUGCAUUACUGUGGGCUCUGAGCUCUGCUUUCGCGUGCCAGAAAGCUACUCGACUUCUGAACACCUACCACUCACCACAUCCCCACUAUUAUCCUCUUCGUCAGUCCUGCCUAGCUGUUGUAGUUGUGCACGUGUUGCGACAAUUGAACACUCGUCGCACAAUAACCUCCUGCAUGCAGCCCCUUUUAAGCAUGAUCCUUACACUCCGGACAGCAUGGACAGUCCAAGCCCCAACGCGAUUAUUGUCGCCUCGGAGGAUAUACCACCAAAUUUGGAUAUGCAAUCUAUCUCAAGCACUGAUGAGCAAUCGGAAAAUAUACAAGAAAAAUGCGAACGACCAAUUAAGCAUUUCGAUAGGGCUGUAUCACCAUCUCUACUUAAGUCAAAACUGGAGUUAAUUGCCGAGAGAAGUCUAUGGGAGAAAUACAGCAGAUGUGGAUCCGCUUCUGCAUCUAAUUCUAGCUCCGAUACUGGUAAUGGUAAUGGUAAUCCAGACAGUGACCAAUGGAGUGCGAGGAAAAGUCGUAGUAGCAGUGACAUUUCUUGGCAGCGAUCACAUCUUCUAACAAGAGUCUGGUUGCAAGGUAAAAGCCAUCAAGCAUAUCACUCCUUCUCCAAUAAUUUACAUCGUACAGAUGAUGAUCAGGGACAAACAAAUGAAUUCGCUAGCAUCAAGAGUGAUCGAAAAUACCAGCAAUAUCCUUUUAGCGCUGAUUUUGUCAUUCCGAGGAUAGCAAUCAUUAAUGCUAGUAAUUUCGAAUCCAAUGCUAGUUCCGUCCAUUUAUAUGAUGACUGCAUUCCAAAAAGAUUUUCUACAAUUAAUAUGGGUCAAUCAUCCGAUCAAUAUUUGGAUAUUUUAUAUGCUAAUACAAGAACUAGAAGUCUUAGUGAAGCCGAUUCCAGUCAGGGUAGAUCUCCAAUAGGUUUUACGCUUGAAGAAGACGAACUGGAAGAAAAAUUAGAAGAUGAGGAAAUGAAAGUGAAUAAACAGUUCUCUGAAAUUUUGUUGGGCGGUGAAUAUACUUCUUUGUCAGAACAUGAGACAAAACAAUUGAAGGGCACUGAUAUUACGUCACAAACACAUAGGAUCACUAAUCCUAUUCUUGUAACAAUUGAAGCUGGACAAGAAAUUAUGCCGACUGCAUCGAGAAAUACCACAAGGAGUAACUCAAUACAGAGUCAAGAAGCUAAUAUCAGUUUGAAAUUAAAAGCUUAUAACAAAGUUACAGAGAGAUGUAAGCACAACAUCAUUGAAAGAAAAGGUCGUUGUGAAAAAUGCUGUGUCGUUUCAUAAUAUAAAUAC